GGUAAAUUAUAUUAACUUUAAAGAGAUGGAAUCAGAGCUUUAGAUGGUGGAUUCUUUAUAGCUGAUAAUAUUUCUGAAAUCAUUUAGUUAAAUUGUUUUAUUUCUUAGGAAAUGGUGUCAGAGUUGAAGAUGGUGGAUGAAUUCAUCUGUGAGGAGCUUUCAGAGAUGAAUGAGGAAAAUGAGUCAGAGUUGAAAAUGGUGGAUGAAUUCAUCUGUGGGGAGCUUUCAGAGAUGAAUGAGGAAAAGGAGUCAGAGUUGAAAAUGGUGGACGAAUUCAUCUCUGAAAAUGGAGGCUUGAAGGAUAGAGUUGCUACAGCUUCAGCAAAACAGCAGAACAGAGGAGUUGGAGUCAGGAUCCAAAGGUUCCUUCAAAAAUACAGUGAGGGACGAUACAAGAGAGUUUCACCAGAGGAGUUACUGCCUGUUAAAGAGGAACUGAGAGAGCAGGAGACGGAUGUUACAGAGGUUCAAAAAUCUGUGUCUAAGGAGCAGAUUCAUCAAGUAAUGAAUGGAAAGGAAAGAGAAGUUAAGCCGGCACCAGAGGCUACCACACAGGUUGAUGAGCCGCUGCCCAUGGAUUCAGGCUCAGAGAAGGAGGAGCAGCAGUCAUUCAUUAGCCUGCUGGUUCAUGCAGUGGUUAUACAGGCUGUUACUAAAUCAAAGAUGAGGUGCAAAUACACAAAGUUUCAAGAAAUCACCAAGAGGCUGUCUGAGAAACUCUGUGCUGAGGUGGAGGGAGGAGAAUUUAAGAAGAACCAAAGUAGCCUGAAUAAGCUCAGCGCUGACAUCUUGAGAGCCUCCUGUAAAAAGACUGGCUGCUCACACACAAACCUUCUUUCAAUACUGGGCCAUAAGGACUCAAAUGUAGAGGAGGCUGUACUUUCUGUUUGCAAAGAGAAAAUCCUGAAGACAGCCAAGGAACCCAUUCUGAAAAGGUUCUUCUCCUCUGUCGGCAAAGCCCUCUGCAAGCCCUUUAAAAAGGCCUGAGGGCAACCUGGAGUCAUCCGGUUAGAACACUACCUGCUAAAAUCUACACAGCAGGUUUCCAACCAGAAGUCUGGAAAUAAUCAACACAGCUACAUUCACUGACCAAACAUUUCCACCAAAUCUUCACCAAGUCGGCACCCAGUAGACAUGGUCUGAAUGGGACAUAAUUUAAUCCACAGGCAGACAGAUGGAUGAUGGUGUCAGAAAUGUUGACUUUCAGGAAGCCGCUACGUCAUAAAGGGCCACCAGAGAGCAUGAGUGGUGGCAUGGUGAGUGAAGCAGUGGUGUCACAGGCAGCUACCGGAGCGUCUGGCAGUCAGUCAGAGCAGCAGGUGAAGGUCAGUGGACACAGAGUCUGUCUCGCAGGCUCGUCAGACAGCAUCACCAGCACUUGAUGGAGUUGGAUGGAGUUUGUGUUGUGGGUUUGUGUGAGGAUGGCUUGUAGAGAUCCACUAGCCUAGCUGAUGGAUCAUACCGAUGUCUUGGUGAACAAUGCUGGAACCAGACAUCUGUAAGCCCCACAUGCUGCGUAUUUAGGCUGUGUGAGAGUUUAUUUGUUACCAUUGGUGAGCAUGUGGGAUAUACAGAUGUUGCAGCUGACCCAUGCUGGAACCAGACAUCUGUAUUUCCUCACAUGCUGCCAUUGAGCCUGGAGGGCAGUUUUGUGGCCUUGCCUGAAAUAUGCGGUGUAAAAUCGUCAUGGUUACCAA